AUGAAUUCGCUCUGUCGAACUGGCCCUAUCUUGAGCUUUCCCCCAGCUCUUAGGCCUAUAAUUGCAGCUAGGCUGUACGCAACGCAUACUGGUUUAGGAACGACUAGUACUACACAAAAGCCAAAGAGAAGGGCAGUGACGGCUUUCAACGACGAUGGCAGAGUGGCGUGGGAGGAUUUAUCUGCGAGAGAGAAGGCCGCAAGGACGACACAACAAAGCUUCAACUUUGGCUUGAUUAUCGUGGGAGCUGUUCUUACUGCAGGCGUAUCGUAUCUUAUGUACACGGAAGUUUUCUCGCCAGAGAGUAAAGUUUCUUAUUUCAAUCGGGCUUUCGACCAGGUGAAGAAGGAUCCGAGAUGUAUAGACCUGCUUGGGCCAACCAAGAAGAUCACAGCAUAUGGAGAGCCAACGUGGAACAGUUGGAGGAGGGCGAGGCCAAUAGCCUCGACAAUUUCAACAGACAAAACCGGUACGGAGCACUUAAUGAUACAUUUCAAUGUUGAAGGACCACUAGAUAAAGGAGUGGUCAAUUUGCAUAUGGUCAAACGGCCAUCUGAGAACGAAUUUGUGUAUAGAUAUUUGACAUUGGAUGUGCAAGGCCAUCCAAAAAUGUACCUCGAGAAUGCGGAUACCGACCCAAACAGCUCUGGAAAGAAUAAGUCAAAGCUAUUUGGAAUAUCAUGGCGAUGA